AGACUUUUUGAAUGCUUCUCUCAAAUCAGUGCUUAGGACAAUGAAUCCACGACCGAAGCGUGCUCGUCGCUUACGGACGUCAAGCAGCGGUAGCUCGAAUUCAUCUGGGAGUACGAGACGAUCUCGUCGACGUAGGUACGCAAGUUUUCGAUCAUCCAAGUUAUCUCCCACUCCACCACCAUCCGUGCAACCCAGACGUUUGGGUCUACGUCCAAAAUCAUCGCCCAAGGCUGAGCCGUCAGACGGCAAGAAAGAUGAUUUGACGGGUCCCGUGACACGAUCUCACGAUACUGGUGCAAACGGGCACCAUAUUGAAUCCAAUAUCUUUUCAUCGUCAAACGAGUCGUCCGUGCCAUCAUCGCCCACGAUGCCGGAUCCAGAGUACAAAGCAAGAAUUGUAUUGCCAUCCAAGAUGACAGCGAAAACGGCGGCAAACUCAAUUGCAGGUCGAGUGCAUAAAGAGCGUCUCCACAAAAAGGUUGACAUUGAGAAGUCACCGAUGACAGUGAUUUCUCCAAAUUCAUCACGUCGACAACCUUCUACCCUUGUUAGUGAAAUUCGCAAUGGCCGCGCACGCAAAAGAAGAGCGUCAAAUAAAAAGGAAAAGAAUGGAGGAGCAGACGAGGAUAUCAUGGACGUCGAAGAAGCUUUUUCCGGCAUGGACUGUGACGGGUCAUUUUUUGAGGAGUCAUUGCUUUGUCUGGGAAGUGAUGAUGAGUUUGAGGAUGAGCGUUUGCUGGAUGAAGGAUUUCUGAAAAAAUGUGGUAGAAGAGUUAUGGAAGUUUAUAACAAGGUGAUCAAAGAAUAUGACGAUAGAAUAAUCAAAGAAGAAGCGCCAGCCUUCGCGAAAAAUAUUAGCCAGCUGCCGCUGCGCCGCUAUCACACCUAUGAUGACUCGACCCCAACACCGCUAAACCUUGAGCCUGAUGACUUGAGCGAGUUCAUCACACAUUUUAAGGUUUCCUGGACUACCGACUGUCGUCUUGCAAAUGCACAGAAGUGUGGAGUUCGUUUCUUACCAGCACUUGAAUUGCGACCGCGAACUGCUUAUUGGGUCCAUACUGAGUGUAAUAUUAGGGCGGAUGAGGAACACAGACUUUCUCACAUUCCUUUUGUCAGCGAAGAUCAUGAUGACAAGCAGUUUUGCGCUGAACUGCGGAAAUUAUAUGACGAGGGAAUUCAUGGCGCUGAUCGAGGAUGCGAUAAGUACAUCAAUGAUUAUAUCAUGUUCCAAAUGUUGGAGAUAUUAAAAUAUGAUUGGGAAGAUCGUCCGAAUUCAGAAAAAAUUAUGGAUCAUAUCUACUACGCGAUCUUCAAGCUUUUCCCGAACAAACUUUCCCAUCGCCAACUGGUUACAGCACGUGGAGACCUGGAGGAAAGGUUUGCACCCGGUAGGACUCCAUCGAAGAGUACACAGGAGCUGAAAUCACGAAGUGACCAGAAUUUCCACUCAGUAAAUGUGCUUUGCUGUGAAAGAUGCUACCAGUACGACUGUGUGCUUCAUGGUCCCUACGAUGAAGAAGUAAAGCCUUUCAAACGUCGCCAGGGAGAAAGAGCUCCAAGACCCACACCUUGUGGACCCAACUGUCACUUGUUGGAUACGGCAGAGAAUCAGGCUAGUACGGCAAACGGUAAAGGAGGAAAUUCACCAGUCCCUUCAUCUCCGAGAAGUCGCAAAAGUCAGACAAAUGGUGUACCACAAACUCCACCCAGUGCUCGAAAUGGAAAAGUCGCGCCUUUCUCGAAUCCAACUUUGAUGAAUAUCCUUGUCUCCUUGCUAGCCGGAGAAAAAACGUCAAUUUGCAUAAUAACAGCGGAAAUGAAAAUGAUAUGCGAAGAUAUUGGAGCGGAGCCAAAAACGUGUAGAGAGAUCUAUCAGCUUGCGUCUCAGUUGGCUCAAGCUAAUCCAAGCCUCACUCCAGAGCAGAAGAAAGUAUCCAUCAAGGACAAGCACCGAUCCUUCCGAUCCUUCACUUGGGCUGACGGUAAAGGACAGGUUGAAAACAAGGAGCGUAUGAUCCCAUGUUCGCAUAGCGGCCACUGCGAUGGGAAUCCGCUUUGUGUAUGUUCAUCAGGGAGCGGGAUAUGCAGUAAAUUCUGCGGAUGCGCGCAAGAUUGCCGAAUGCGGUUUCCUGGAUGUCGUUGUGCACCGGGUAAUUGCCGUACGAAGCAAUGCCAGUGCUAUUUUGCCCGAUGGGAAUGCGAUCCAGACCUAUGCAAAUCUUGCAAGUGUGAUGACCUUUCGAUGGAUGGUGAGAAGUGUCGGAACGUUCCAUUGCAGCGCGGCCAUCAAAAGCUCCUCAAGGUUGGGAUCUCUGGCAUUGCUGGAUGGGGUUGUUUCAUCCAAGAAACGGCUGAUAAGGGUGAUUUGAUCGCUGAGUAUACUGGUGAAGUGAUCUCGAAGUGGGAGUCUGAACGGCGUGGAUUGAUCUAUGACAAGUUCUGCACCAGCUAUAUAUUUGGAAUGAACAAUGAUCAGUUCAUAGACGCUACACGGGUUGGAAAUCUUAUUCGAUUUGCUAAUCAUUCAAAUACUAAUGCUAACUGCUCAUCUGAAAUCAAAAUUGUUAAUGGUGAGCAUCGGAUAGGCGUUUAUGCGAGCCGUCAUAUAUUAUUCGGUGAAGAGCUUCUAUUUGACUAUAACUACGGCCAGACAUGGAACAAGUUUGUGCCGAUAGAGAAAAGCAUCAAAGCGCAAGCCAACCGCGGUACCCCUGAUAGUGACUGUAGUCGUACUGCUGGGUCGCAAAAUAAACCUGAGAAGUUGAGGAGAUCCCUGCUGAAGAAGUCACUAAAAGGAGAACCGAGACUUUCUGAAACGAAGAGUGAACCCGCGUCGCAUGAGGAUCAUGUCACUGUCCCAAACAAAGUAGGGAGGCCAAAAGGUCGUGUAAGUGCUGCGCAUAAGAAAGCAUAGGUGCAUUGUUUGACGACUUCAUGUAUGAAUUACCAUGAGCUUGUUGUAUAAUAUAUUUUGUUUACUAGCACACUCACGUUUUUCAAUAGGCUGCCAAUUCUAUGAAUGACAAAUUGUAGCAGAGUUUUCAAGCUCACAUUAUCCAGCAGCUUUUUGGCUGGUCAUGGACCCGCACUUCCUAACAAACCAAUUUACUUAUAGUGUCGAUGAUCUUUACUCUGCCAUACGUUAGCUACCUUUUCUUUAACUAUGUUCCACUCUGCUAACCAUUUUCUAUGCACUGUUUCUGUUCUAUGUGCAAAAUAGGUACUUGACAGGUCGCAAACACGGCCUAGUUUCAAUUGUGAAAACAUCGGUUUUAUAUGUGGCUGUUAUGUUGCGUUCCCUCAAAAACCGAUGUUUUUUUCUUGUGCAGUGUUUUUGCAACGUUAUUGAACUCAUGUUCCAUUUAUGCACAUCCGUUGGAUGUGUACCUCAUGUAGAUUUAUAUCUAAAAUUGUGUUCUUCUUGUUGGAUCACAAUAUUGAAUGAAC